CCGCCGCAGCCCUGCCCAGCCUAUUUUUUUCUCCUGACGUCCUUCCUUGAUGCCAGUGUCACACGCCGCUGGGGAUGAACGUUUUACAGCCACUGGACAGUUUUUAUGUUUGGGAGCAUUGACAUACCCUGCCUCUUCGAAAAGGAUAUUGUUCACUGGUCUUUGUUGGGACGGGAGUGUGCUCGAGAUACGCUUAAUAGUUUGGAUUUCGUAUUGUACCCGCUGUUUAUUUAUUAAUAUAUUGUUUUCCUGCAACUGUACACAGAUGACUCUUUGAAGGGGACACUGCGUCCGUGGGAGUGGUUUAUUUUCGCUGGACAGCCCAGGCUCAUUGAAAGAAUGAGUCUGUUUUCCCCGGUUUGAUGCUGCGGUAGUUCAUUUUUUUCUUCUGUUCUGCUUUUGUUUUCUUUCUGUCUGUCUCGUGAUCGUUGACGGCUGAUCCUUGAGGAUUGAACAUACAUUUCUGCGAACCAGACUCUGUAUAUGGACAUGUUAUGAGAACAUAAACUUGACCGAAAAUGAGGAUUGUUUAAGGAAAACGCUAUACUGGUGGUCGGAGAGGGCAGCGAUACCCUCGCGAUACUGGCUCGGCUGCUGACUGUUUCUCCUGCCUGUGCUGAUCAAUUAGCAACUGUACACGGACCGCUGAAAUAAACGCAGGGUUGCUGUAGGCUGAAGCUCCAGGGACGAUGUCCUCACGCCCAGCGCUGCAGCCGGGGAACGAAAGGAAUGUAGACCACCAUGCCUCUCUCUCAGCCAGUCGUUCAGAGAAGGGCUCGGGAUGGUCGAGCCGCUCACUCGGAGCCCGUUGCCGGAAUUCCAUUGCCUCCUGUACGGACGAACAGCCUCACAUCGGCAACUACCGGCUGCUCAAGACCAUCGGCAAGGGCAAUUUCGCCAAAGUGAAGUUGGCACGCCAUAUUUUGACCGGCAGGGAGGUUGCAAUAAAAAUCAUUGACAAAACCCAACUCAACCCUACAAGCCUACAGAAGCUCUUUCGAGAGGUCCGGAUCAUGAAGGGCCUCAAUCACCCAAACAUAGUUCAGCUCUUUGAAGUGAUCGAGACGGAGAAGACGCUUUACCUUGUGAUGGAAUAUGCCAGUGGUGGUGAAGUAUUUGACUACCUCGUAUCCCACGGGAGAAUGAAGGAAAAGGAGGCGCGUGCUAAAUUCCGGCAGAUCGUGUCUGCGGUUUAUUACUGUCAUCAGAAGAAAAUUGUUCACAGGGACCUGAAGGCGGAAAACCUCCUGCUUGAUGCAGACUCCAACAUCAAGAUUGCUGACUUUGGCUUCAGUAAUGAAUUUACGCUGGGCAGUAAACUGGACACGUUCUGCGGCAGCCCCCCUUACGCCGCCCCAGAGCUCUUUCAGGGGAAGAAGUAUGAUGGGCCAGAGGUGGACAUCUGGAGUCUGGGAGUUAUACUGUACACGCUGGUCAGCGGAUCACUGCCCUUUGAUGGACAAAACCUCAAGGAGCUGCGUGAGCGUGUGUUGAGGGGGAAAUACCGUGUGCCAUUCUACAUGUCUACUGACUGUGAGAGCAUCCUGCGCCGGUUCCUUGUGCUCAACCCCACCAAGCGCUGCACCCUGGAGCAAAUCAUGAAGGAUAAGUGGAUGAAUGUCGGGUACGAAAACGACGACCUGAAGCCUCAUGUAGAGCCUGUGGAGGAUUAUAAUGACAGCAGCCGUAUAGAUGUGAUGGUAGGAAUGGGUUACUCCCGUGAUGAAAUCAAAGAUGCCUUGAGCACACAGAAGUACAAUGAGAUAUUUGCCAUGUAUCUGCUGCUAGGCCGCAAGAAUGAGGAUGGCGUAGAGUCCCGGUCGAGCAGCAGUUUGUCUCUAGCACGGGUGCGGCCCAGUCCCAUCACUAAUGGCACCAGCAAACACUCCUCCACCUCCUCAUCCAGCUCCACCUCUGCCUCCAGUCACACUAAACCCCAGCGCAGUGCCUCCACCUACCACCGCCAGAGGAGGCACAGCGACUUCUGUGGGCCAUCAGUGCCAGUAACCCACCCCAAACGCAGCCCCACCAGUACAGGAGAUGGGGAACUAAAAGAGGAGCGUCUGCCCUCGAGGAAGGCCAGCUGCAGUGUGGUGGGCAGUCGUAGCAUCCCCCCGUCGAGCCCCAUGGUCAGCACAGCCAACAACCCCAACAAAGCUGAGAUCCCUGACCGCCGCAAAGACAUCAAUGCAACAACGAACAACAUCCCUGCCAGUACCAUGACCCGUAGGAACACUUAUGUAUGUACGGACCGUACAAGCACUGACAGACACACCUUACUACAGAAUGGGAAAGAGAACAGCUCUUUGUCACAUCGUUUACCUCCAGCCUCCCCGUCCACCCACAGCAUCUCCGGGGCUGGUGCCUCCAGCUCCACAUCUUCCGAGCGUUCUCGGUUGACUAGGGGCUCCACCAUCCGCAGCACCUUCCACGGGGGCCAGCUCCGGGACCACCGGCCUCCCACCCACGCACCCCCCACCUCACCCACCCUCUCUCACGAAGCCAGCCCUCUGCCACACUCCCGUAGCCGUGCCACCACAAACCUGUUCUCUAAACUGACCUCAAAACUUACCCGCAGGGUCAAUCUUGACCCCUCUAAGCGCCAGAACUCAAACAAGUCAGUCUCGGGCUGCACUCUGCCACAGGGAUCAAAAACAGUUAGUAAGUUUUCUUCCUGUUUGUGGACUUUUUGCCAUCUCUCAGUCUGUCCAAAUACUCACAGUCUCACCGCUCUCUUUGGCACCUGUGUUGGCGCUGAGUGUCAGAACACCUCCUUGAGCUUGUACACAUAUAUUUAUUUGCUUUUUAAAGGAACAAUUCAUCCAAAAAUAUAAAUUUUGGA